CAACAGUAGAAAAUCGAAACCAGUUUCAGGUUAACAAUUGAUAACAGAAAAGCGGAAGACAAAAAUUUAAGUUGAACUAUGAAUAUCCUCUAAAUUUAUGUUUUGAUCAAAAAUGUUAACGUCGAAAAUUAGCAAGGUUGGCAAAGUGGUAAUCUGUGGGGCGAAAGGUGUGGGGAAAACUACCAUUUUGGAGCAAUUAAUAUAUGGCAACAUAACGAUCGACUCGGAAAUUCACAGCACAAUUGAGGAUACAUAUGUGGCGAGCGUGGAUACCGGGAAGGGAAGUCGGGAUACGUUAAGGAUAUACGAUACGGCUGGUCUGCAAGGUAAUGUCCAGUUACCAAGACACUAUCUCAGUUACCCGGAUGCUUUCAUUCUGGUGUACGACCCGAGUGAUCCCACGAGUUUGGACAUGUUGGGAGGAAUUAAAAGCGACAUAGAUAAAUAUAAGGAUAAGAAAGAGAUAUUCGUUAUUGUGAUAGCAAAUAUGCGUUCCCGUCAAAGCCGUUCGGCCAACUCAUCUCCCAUCAAUUCCAACCAUCAACAGCUGAGUAAUGAUGCAAUCGAAUCGAAUCUCACGCGAGCUAACAAUUGGUGCGCUCGAGAACGUAUUAAACACUACACCGUAAACGCGAUGGAAAGGGCUUCGAUAUAUGAGCCAUUUAUACAACUUGCUUGCAGGCUGUAUCCUCCUCAGACGAAGAGCACCUUCCCACAGCUUCGUCAGUUAACUCAGAAAACAUCCAAAGUGGACAAUAGUUAGGAAAAGUACAGUUGGUACCAAACAUUGUGUAUUGUGCUUUUUCUUAAUAUACCUACUGUAUUAAACGGGUUCUCAAAACCGAUUAUUGUGAUUUAAAUGCUGCAAUUCGAUGUAUUUGUUGGAGAUGAAUGACUAGGCAUUAGUAUUAAAUAUAGUUUUUAUGUUCCACUCUGUUUAACCAGGGACCACCAGACUGCACUUAUUUGUAGGAAUAGGACGAAAACAGUUCCAAAUACAGCGUACUGAGAAUGCACCUAUAUUUACCUUACUUUUAUUUUGUUACGUUACGUUUAAGUAUAUGCUUUUUCCGAAAGUAUUAUGCAUAUAAUUAGUCAUCUCCUGCCGAUAGGUGAACACCUGUAUCUCCUUUAUGUACUUAUAUUAUCACAAAUAGUACUUAUUAUCAAACAAAUCCAAAAAUCAGUAUGAAAUAAAAGUGUACAUUUAAACAUA